CACCUGGGGACACUGUUUCGUGUCUGCCUGUCGUUUUUAGGGUUCCCAAAUGAGGACGGAAAAUCUUGCCUCUUCAUAUCCAAACAUUACAUUAAGGUACAUGUAAUUUCUUAAGUUGCUUGAUAAGAGUAGACACCUUAUCGCUGCUUAGCGAUAAGGUGUUUUGCGUACAUUUUGUUGUAAUUAAUAUGUUUAUACAUAGUUAAUUUGGAUUUUUUUUUCAAUUACAUUGAUACGCAUUAUGCUAUACAUUUACAAAAUUAAAUAAGGCGCUUGGUAUAGCAGCCAAAGUCAAUAUGACGGUUUGACUAGCAUUGCAUUCAUAAGACGAAACAUUUUUUUUAAUUAUUAGUAUAAUUUGAUUACAAAUGAAAACAUGGGGCAAAGUAAUUUAUUAGGUAUUAUUUAUUAUAUUAUGUAUAAACAUAACAUCUAAUCAUAAUAAUUAAUUUUGAAAGAAAAAGUUAAAAAGCGGCUUCAUAAGAUAAUAAAUAAGGCUUCAUAAAAUAGUCUGUUUCAUAAGAUAAUUUUACAAACUUAAAAUACUUGAUAUUAGUUUUAUUGUAUUGUAAUCGUUGUUUUUUGAUUUAAUUCAAACGAAAUUAUCAAACUAUACUCUUAAGACAAGCUAUUUCUACUUUGUACGGGACCUUUGUAACUAGUAGAGCUCUAACAUGCCGAUGUUUUCUUUUAAAUAAAGUUCCAGAUUGACUGAGUUUUAACAGUUUGUUCUAAUAAUAUAAUAUUUUGAGAAGUUAAAUUAUACUGCUCAAACGUAAGCGAAUGGGUUAUACAGUUCCCAAUUAAAACCUAUUACAAUUUUAAAGUUAAUAUUCUACUAUACACAAUAAUACGACAACUUGAUUAAAUUAAACCAUGAAGUUGUUUUAAUUACCAAUCUUAUUUAUCUAAAAAGAAAUACUUAAGGGAAAUAAAUGAGGACGGAAAGCCUUACCCCUUCUUACCCUAAAAUUUACACGUCCUUGUUUCACGGAGUGAGGAACCACCGGUAGUUUCGCCUACCAAUGAUAUUUAAUUUUAUUUGCCUAUUCGAUUACAAAAUUAGAAACGCCGCGAACAAAAACGUAGGUAGCAAUUUCCUGUGGUGAUUUGGAUGAUUCAACUAUUUUUCAAUCCAAGUAACCUGGGUCACAGUAAAGAUAUUACAAGCAGUAUAAUAACUCGGCCGUAUUUUUGAAAUAAAUACCUACAGCCGCGCGGUACGUAAACAUGUGAUACACCCUAUGUUCAAGGUGCGUAGGUAUAGCUCGCGUUUCGACCUCUAGUAUGAAGUCCAACUACUGGUUGUAAUAUCUUUACUGUGCCUGGGUGUUAUACCAAAAGAAUUUAAUUCAACAAAUUCUCGUAAAACAAUUCUUGCACUAAUAUUUACUUAGGGCGAUAGAAAAGUAAUUUUGCAAGCGCUUUGUAGCGCUUUCCUCUAGACGAUCGAGUGCUCAAAGCGCCGGUUAAAUUCCGCAAGGUGGUAGCCUCUUUGAGUCUACAAAGGCGUACUUUGAAUUUUUACUCCAAGAAUACGAUACUUCUAGACAGAAUUGUAAAAGUAGAAGUAUUUUUUAAAUAUUUUUGAGUGUUACUGAACAGCCCAUUUUAAUAGCCUACUACAGAACCCUGCCUCUCCCCUUAUCAUCAUCAUUAUCAGCUGAUAGACGUCCACUUCGGGACAUAGGCCUUCUUGCAUGGACUUCCAAACAAAACGGUCUCGACCCGCGAGCAUCCAGCGGCUCCUUGCAACCCCCUUGAUGUCUUCGGUCCACCUAGUGGGGCGUCGACCAACACUGCGCUUUCCGGUACGGGGUAGCUAUUCCAGCACCUUGGGACCCCAACGUCCAUCGGCUCUUCGAACUAUGUGGCCUGCCCAUUGCCACUUCAGCUUCGCGACUCACUGAGCUAUAUCAGUGAUUUUGGUCCUCUCCUUAUAGAAGUAGCAAUUUGGAGCUUUGACCCACCAUGCUGCUACUUUGCGUUGGCUUUGGACUUGACAGGCUCUAGAAGUUAAUAGUUAGCUUUUUAGCGGGUUGUGUCGCCACCUGCUUCUCAGCUCCAGGCCGUUUCUAGGAAUGUAUUAAGAACAGAGUGAAGAUAAUUUAUUAAGAUUUCUUAAUAGUUUUAUAGUCCAACCUGUAUCCAGGUCUAAAAUAGAAAAUAAAAAAUGAAAAUACCUUCUAUAACAAUGGAGGGCAGACUUUUAAAACCUGCUGGCUAUCAGGGGUUUAAACUCUUUUAUACCUACCAUAAUACGAAGUUCUAGCAAUCGCAGACACUGUCCAUUGGGUAGGGUAUAUUAAGGAAGAAAAUCCUCAUCUUCAUAAAAACUGGAAACAAAUAGACGUAUUGAACACAAUUAUCAAAUUGCGUAAUUAUACCGAAACUUCCUUUCAAAUUAUGUUUUAAAAGCUAUCAACUAAAUCGAGAAUUUCUAUACUUUUGUACUAAUCCUCGUAGUGUUUUAAUUGAAUGAAUACAUAGAAAGACAAAAGAAAGCAUUCUUAUCUCUCGUCUCUUUUAGAGGUCUUUGUAGUUUUUCCGAAUCGGUAACUGCGAGUAGUGAGCGCCGGACGUUUUGUCCGGUCGCUUCCGGGCGCGCUGUCCUUGGCUGUGCUUUCGAUUUUAUGAGUCCCACUGCGGUAACAAAGCAAUGUGGCUGAUACUCUUCGAUGGUUUGUAUAAGCUUUGUUCUUUUACAAACUGUGUUCCAGGCGGAUGCUUACAAAUUAGGGCCUAUUUCAACAGGGUUAGGUUUAAGGUUUUAUAGUGAUGACCUACGGAUCCGAGACUUGGCAGAUUGGGCAAAUAAGGUAACGUUUGUGGGUACUGGUUAAUUAUUUGAUGGAGUACCUACUUUAUAGAACCGUGAGAAUACGAUAAUACGACAGCUCUAGGUACCUAACACUAGUUUCUUUUCAGGAGAAUACAAUUAAUAACCUUUUUAAAUUAGGUAAUUAAAGGAGAGUCCCACAAAGUACCUACCGCCCUGUGUCCAGCAACCAAACCUUUCCGAUCCGAACAUAGCAAUGCUGAGUGGUAACAGAAAUCACCUUGGCAGUACUGCUUCCAACGUGCUCUGUCUACUCCAGUGUACACUACAACUGAAGCUGAGUGUGAAGUCUCAAAUAUCUGUGAAGCUAGCGUAUCUGUAAUGUUAAUUCGCCAACAGUGCCCGCAAUGGGAGACAGAAUAUUAUCCCGAGCUAUAAAUUCGGGUCUUAGCCGCCACCCUAAUGAGGUAAUCCGCGUAAUUCCACGCUCACCAUCAAGGGCGGUGGGUAAUGCGCUAUCUGGGAGAUUUAUAGCUGAUACCUGAUGUAGAGCUAAUGGAUAGGUAUUUUUAUUGAAAUCAGAAUAGCUUCGUGUAAUUGAUAUCAUCUCACUCCCCUGUUUGUCCCACCUUGACUGUAACUACUUUUAAACAAAGAAGUAAUCAGCAUAUUAAAUCGAAUGCGGAAUGGCGAACUGAAAAUGUCAUUGGUCCUUUUUAGAAAGAAAGAACGAAAGAAAAGUUUAUUCAAAAUACAAAUCAUACAAAGAAAAGAGAGAAAAAAAAAACAAUAAAUUAAAUACAUUGCAACUUGCAUGAUGUGAUCCUAAAAGGGUCACCACUCAGCAUAUUGCAGUAUCCGUAAGGAUACCGCGCUGAUCUUCCGUGGAGCCAUUAAGGUGACGUUUGGAUGGUAUCGAGACGUGCGGAGCGCCUCUAACAAACAUCGACAAAUAUAAAAAAGAUACAGAUACGUAAAUUAAAUAAAAAAAUAUUACUAGUAGAAACAAGUAGUAAAGCCAAUUAUAAAUAAUAAUACAAUAAAUAAAUGAUAACAUAAUAAUUUGGUAAAUAAAUAUUAUAAUAAAUUAAACAAAACAAAGGACCCAUUACUUACAUGUUUUCUAUUAAAAGAUAAUGUUUUCUAAUUUUGGUUUUAAAAGUGGUCUUGGAUAUUUCUAAAUUACGAAGAGGAGGACUUUUGACAACCACUAUCAGAUGUUAUAAUGGCUGUGAUCUACACACAAACUUCCUAAUGCCAGGCUGAGAAUUGAACUGAAAACUUAGAAGAAAGAAAAAGUAAAUACAUAUUUCAAAGCCUGGCCCAAGACUUAAAAUCGUGGACUGUGUAAUUACAAGCAACAUAAGCAAACUACUAGAUUAACGGGACCGAUAAGAAGUCUGUAGUCAGCAGAAAGACGGUACAAAACUGAUCAUGAUGAUAAUAAACCCAUCAAACCAAAACCACUUAAGUAGUGACACAAUGACCGACGCUGUUCAGCUCUAUCGAAGUUUCAUAGUAAUCAUCAUCAUAAUCAGCCGAUAGACAUCCAUGCUGGAUAUAGUCCUCUUACAUGGACUUCCAAACCAAACGGUUUCAAACCGCCAGCAUCCAGCGGCUCUCUACAACUCGCUUGAUGUCCUCGGUCCACCUAGUCGAGUCGACUAACACUGCAUUUUCCGGUGUGAGGUCGCCAUUCCAGCACUUUGGGACCCCAACCUCAAUCGGGUCUUCGAACUAUGUGCAUAUUGCUGCUUCAGCUUCUGUCAGAACCUACAAGGAGAAUUUAUAAUGUUUAUUUCAUGAAAAAAACAUUAUUCAUAUAUUUAAUCAACUACGGUAAUGAAUAAGGAACGUGCGUUGUCAACUACGAGUACAAACAGCUAAUGUUUUAUUUGUCAGUAAACUAUUCUAACGGGGUUGCUGUCAAAGAUAAAAUAAUCGCUUAAGUCUCAAUGUCAAGUGAGUAUUUUGUAAUGUAUGUUUUUAAUUUAUUUAUCCGUAAUUAUCGACUAUACAAUUUCCAUAUCAUCACAGAAUAAUUCAGUAAAAGGUAGAUAAAUUCAGGAGUGGGAUCGAGCGCGUGUGGGGGGCCGUCUAAUUCUGAUCAAACACUAGAUGCGGGCGAGAGGGCGGGAACGAGCUGCCGACGAUCUAUUUUUUCUACUAAAAUAGAUCUUGAUCAAAGACUCGAGGAGAUCUGUAAUCCUCGAUUUUUUUAAACACAUUCUUCAUAGACGUCUGCUAAUUGUUUUCUCAAACUUAAAACACUUUUUUUAAUUUCAUUUAUUCCCAUACAUUACACCAUCUCUUAUUAUUUCAACCAACAUUCAUAUGACCUUACUCGUAUGUAUUGAAAAAAGUGGUCCUGACACUAAUUAAAAUUUUAAAUUACUAACCUUUUUAUGGACUUUGAAGAAUUUAUCUUUUUGUUAUCAAGCUGUUCAUUAUUAUUCGAAAGUAUGUUACGACACCAAAGGCUUUGUAAGUCAUUUCAGUAAAUUGCACCGCCAUAAAGUACAGUGCAAAAUGGUUUUUCUUAAUACUUUGAUUUUACUUGUAACUAAACUUGUUGGUUUUUAUAGGAUGACUAGACGUAGCCUGCUUGUAAGAGAUUUGGAUGUGAUAAAGAACAUAUUGAUAAAAGAUUUUGAAUAUUUUGAAGAUCGCGGUAUUGAGUACAAUCUAAAAGGUUUGGGCGGUAAUCUUUUUCAUGCAAAUUCAAAAAUUUGGCGGCCACUAAGAAAUCAACUUUCACAUUUAUUUACAAGUGGAAAAUUGAGAAAUAUGGUUGCCUUAAUUAACGAAAGAGGAGAUAUAUUCAUCAAUCGUCUUAAAAAAAUUACGGAAACACAAAAUAAUCAAGAAAUUAAAAAGCUUAUUGAAAUAUUUACCACCUCAUCUAUUGUGGCUUGUUCUUUUGGACUUGAUAUCAACACAGACAGUGGAAAAAUGAUGGAAAAAUUAAGAGAAGUUAAUAAUGCUGUUUCAGUCAGAAGUUUUUCACAAGACGUAGAUUUAUUACAUCCAGGUGCACUUAAGUCAUUGAAUUUGUCAUUCUUUAGUAAAAACAUAAAUGGAUUUUUACUUGAAUUAGUUAAUGAUAUUAUACUCGCAAGAAAUGGUGUACCUAGUAAAAAAAAUGAUUUCAUAGAUACAUUGAUAGAGUUAAAAAAUCAAGGUAAUAUUACUAAAGUAAAAAAUGGUGAGGAUCCGAAUAGCGCAUCUGAAUAUCAAGAAAUGACUAAUGAAAUUUUAGCAGCGCAAGCAUUAAUUUUUUUUAUAGGUUCAGAAACUUCUGCAGCUGCUUUGGCUUUUACAAUGUACGAACUAGCUCUGAAUCCUGAUAUACAAGAAAAACUAAUUGCAGAAGUUGAUGUAGUUCUAGCCCGACACAACGGCAAUAUAACGAUUGAAGCAAUUGCUGAACUGUCAUACAUGGACAAAGUAUUACAUGAGACUCUUCGGAAAUACCCGACAGCAGAUCUAACUCGGCGUGCAAAAGCCGAUUAUAAAAUACCUGGAACAAAUAUUACUAUUGAAAAGGAUGUAACUAUAUUGGUGCCACUAUUAGCCAUAAGUCGCGAUGAAAAGUACUACCCGAAUCCCAAUAAAUUCGAUCCAGAGAGAUUUUCUGCAGGGAAUGAUAGCUGUAGACAUCCUUGUGCUAAUAUUCCUUUCGGUACUGGUCCACGGCACUGCAUUGGUAAACUCUUUGCUAAGUACCAGAGCCGUAUAUGUUUGAUUAAAUUUUUCUCUACUUUUUAUGUCGAGAAAUCCAAGGAUACCCAGAAAUAUAUAACACCUGACCCAAAUCGGAUUACGUAUGCAGCAAAGGGAGGCAUACAUUUGAAUAUUCUAAGAAGAAGAAUCCCACAAUGAAUUUAUGUUAUAAAAAUAAAAAUCUAGAAGAUACUUUGAAUAAAAACUUCCUAAUUCUUUUUAAUGUAAUAAUUACGUGUGCAAUUUUCAAAUAAACAUGUUUUCUAUGA